CACCACACACAGACACACACACACAGACACACACACACACACAGAAAUGCAAGAGGAAAGUAUGAAUUUUGGUAGUACUGGGGUGGAACCCAGGGCCUCUCACAUGCUAGGCAAACACACCAUUAGCUAUAUCCAGCAUUCUAUGGGUUUGGACUAUCUUAUAAUAAAUGAAUAGAUUUGGCCUGCGAUCCCAGCACGUGGGAAGCGGAGGCAGGAGGAUUGCUAUGAGUUCUGGGUUUUAAUAAAGGGAUUUAAUAAAGGGGAGUGGAUGGGAACAGGGCUAGGAGAUGGCUGGGGGUGGGGGUGAAGUGCUUGUGGCGAGGGCUGGAGUUCUGGUCCCCAGAACCUGCCCCCCCGCCCCCUCCCCCGCACACACCAGAUGAAAAGCCCUACAGUGAGGCAGUCUGCUUGUAUUUCCAAGUGUGUGUGGGAGGAGGGCCAGCAAAGACAGGGAUCCCCUACCCCCACAACCAGCAAGCUGGUGAGUUAUCUGACUGGAGCCAUAGGGAGAGCCCCUGCCUCGGGAUAUAAGGUGAGGAAAACAGCUUGUGUUGACCUCAGGCCUCUAUAUGCGUGCCUGUGCAAAAAAAUAAAAAUAAAUUUAUAUAUAUAGAGAGAAACAAACAGGAAAAAGUUAAACUUAUUUAAAGAAAGAAAGAAAAGAAUAGGAAAUUAUCCCAGUACGAAAGCACACACCUGUCAUUCCGGCACACAGGAGGCUGAGGCAGGAGGAUCAGGAGUUCAAGGUCAUCCUUGGCUAUGUGGUGAGUUCAGGGCAAUCUGGGAUGCAUGAGAGAUUGCUUCAAAUGAACACACACACACACACACACACACACACACACACACACACACACACACACACUACCACAUUAAGGAGAAAUAAUGAACUCCCAAGAGAAAACCCAGGCAGGAAAUAAUGGAUCGGGUCACAGCCUGGUGGUGUCACUCAAGGCCUCUUCCAGGACCCUCAGCAUGCGGUGGGUGGCAGCUGGCCUCCCAUUCCUCCAGAAGGACCCCUGCAUCCUGCCUCACUGAAAACUCUCCUGGGCCCCCACACUGGAAGGAGGAAGUGGGGCCCCCAGCCUGGCCUUCAGCCACCGUUCAACGGCUCCCCACAGAGCUGGGCUAUAAGAGGGACCCAGCAAGCAGGGGGCCAGGAGCCUGGCCAUGGCCGGAAGGCACCGAUCCCCCAGCCGGGUCCAUCCCUUCCUCCUGCUCGCCCUGGUCUUUGGUGGCCCAGUCCAGGCCUCCAAGAUCGUGGGUGGGCGCGAGGCUCAGCCCCACUCUCGGCCUUAUGUGGCAUCCCUGCAGCUGAGCAGGUCCCCUGGGAGCCACUUCUGUGGUGGCACGCUGAUCCACCCGAGAUUCGUGCUGACGGCUGCCCACUGCCUGCAAGACAUCCCCUGGCAGCUGGUGACGGUGGUGCUCGGUGCCCACGACCUGCAAAGCCAGGAGCCUGAGCAGCAGAAAUUCACCAUCACUCAGGUCUUCCAGAACAACUACAACCCCGAGGAGAGUCUCAAUGACGUGCUGCUCGUUCAGCUGAACCGGCCAGCCUCCCUGGGCGAGAAGGUGGCGGUGGCCUCUCUGCCCCAGCAGGACCAGUCGCUGUCCCAGGGCACCCAGUGCCUGGCCAUGGGCUGGGGCCGCCUGGGCACCCACGCGCCCACGCCACGCGUGCUGCAGGAGCUCAACGUCACGGUGGUCACCUUCCUGUGCCGGGAUCACAACGUGUGCACGCUGGUGCCGCGGCGGGCCGCGGGCAUUUGCUUCGGAGACUCGGGCGGCCCCCUGAUCUGCGAUGGCAUUCUUCACGGAGUCGACUCCUUCGUGAUCCGCGAAUGCGCCUCCCUCCAGUUCCCCGACUUCUUCGCCCGGGUGUCCAUGUACGUGGACUGGAUUCGCACGGUGCUGCGGGGCGCAGAGCCCUGAGCUGCCCUUCUGCGCCCCAGAAGUCUACCCUGGGCGACCUGCAAGCUCUGGCAGGAAAAUCUGGAGUGGGGUGGUCCCUUCUGGGUUUUUCCUCCAGCUAGACCACCCGCGCACCCUCUGGAGUGGAGACAGCUCCGUCCCCUAUUCCAUGUGACCUUAAUAAAGCUGAGAAGUCUUUAA